AUGGUCAGCAUGGUUCUCCGUCAGCACAGGUUUGUAGAUCCACAGUACAGCCUGUGUAACUAGGCGUGCGGGCUGGGGUACAUAAUUUUGCCAAUGUCGGUUGUGGAUUGCUGAAAGAGUUGCCCUAGAUAUUAUAAAGCCUUUUUCUCCAAGUUUUUCCAACCCUCUACAAUUUGCGUACAAAGCCAAACGGAGUACUUUAUAUGCUGCUGCUCUCGUGGUCCACUCUACUCUAAAAGAAUUAGACAAGGGUUGCCGCGAGUACGCAUGCGCUUUUCUUGACUCCUCCUCCGGCUUAAAUACUGUCCCGCGCCCUCUUCUUCUUACUAAAACCUCCCCGUGCGUUUCUCCAGACUGAUCCGUCUCUUGGCUUAGCGACUAUUUUACUUCCCGCACACAAUUUGUUCAAUCUGGCAAACGAAAAUCUACGAUCCUUCCCAAUGACUGCGGUGUUCUUUAAGGUUCCAUUUUAUCCCCUCACCUUUUCUUCCUCCACACUGACGUUCUAAGGUCCCCUAAUGACUGUCUUUUGCUUAAGUAUGCUGAUGAUGUGGUUGUUGGACACCCUCUCAAAAGUCAAACACAUCUUCAGUCUCUAAAGGAUGGCCUAAACCAUGUCCUAGUAUGGACGGAGGAAAAUGGUCUCCUAAUGAACAACCAAAAAUCCUUUUAGGGUAUUUUCCGACUGCGGCCCUCUCCUAGUUCUGAAUCCUCUGACAUUCUUCCUAACGAAGUAUCCUCUUUCAGGUACCUCGACGUUACUUUGUCCUCAAAUCUUCCAUUUUCCCUCCAAAUUGAGUCCCUAUUUACUACAGUUAGUAAACUUCUUUAUUACAUGCGUCGUUUACGUUCCUACCACACAUCUCAACCCUUAGUCUGGCGCUUCAUCGAUGCCUGCAUUCUUCCUCUUAUCCUAUACUGCUCUCCUGUCAUUUUUCCUGCUUUGCUAAAAAAGGAUCUUUUAAUUUUAAAACGAGUCCUCCGAAUGCUCUCUUCUGCUGCUGGUGUUUUUUAUCGACACUAUCUUCCAACGGCAUUUCAAUGCGGUUAAGCAAUUUGCUGGUCGGAUUAUAGAUGACGUUGCCCAUCCCUUGCAUUAUGAUCUUAUUUCUGCGAAGUCUUCCCGCCCGAUGCGCCGCAGCUUCCGACUUACUUCAUGUCGCACAUCGACUUAUCGAGCUUCUGUACUGCCAUUCCUAGCGCGCUAUCUUACGUGCGAAGAGAUAGAAAUACGGAAGCUAAGACUUGAACUAUCCUCAUAAUAAUUGUUUCUUUUAGUUAAACUUUGAUACUUGAAUAAUCUAUUAACUUAUUUACUGCCCUUAGUGAAUGGAGCCAAUUUUUUCCUGGAAAUUGUGAACUUAUGAUUUCAAAAUAAAGCGACUUCCUCUCUAUCUGGUUAUUACCGUCUGUGUCUGGCACUCGGAGAAGGCUUCGCAAGGCUGCAUAAGCAGAUGGGCGGUCACUACGAUAACUGCCUCACGGCUCAUCCGACAGUCUUGCCUCUUACUGAUUUGCUUGUCGGCCAUCAGAGUUUCUGUCAUGCAGACACGCCUUUCCCGCGUAGAAAGGACGUCACGCAGUCUCGAGUGAGCUAACCAGAGAGUAAUUAGCUUGCGUGAGUCUAUUUUAAUGAAUAUUUAUAAAGUUAAAUUCCAUUAGUAACCGAGGCACGACAGUCGCUCGAAAUGGGAAGGAACCCUGAGGAAACUUCCUUUGCAACACAUUUUCUCAAAAAACUACAUUUGAGAACGCGUAAAACAGUGUAGCUUUACAGAGGUAAAUCAAAGGAUUAUGAGUGAGCUACUUCGAGAACGUGAAAAAGCUGAAUAGUCUCCGAAUGGAAAGUUUAGUUGUAUGCGCCUACGCAUCCGUGUAAGAUUUCAUGAUCGGAGACAGAGAGAAGCACUUUCGCGGUCCCAUUCCCAGCCAAUCAGUGACGAUUCUGAUUGUCAGGAGAGGUGGUCUUGAUGAGUAACACCUAGACUCCCUUCAGUUAUAUCACGUUAUGCAGUUCUAGAGUGCUUUGAGCUCCCAGACUCUCAACGACCACUUGACAAGUAACUUCGUUUUGGCCUAGAAAUGUGGCGGCCACCAUCAUCCACUGUGUUCUUUAUAAGUGUAAGAGAAAUCUAGGCAUAAAACGCGAUAGCGAGAGCAAUGUCGUUCGCAUUAUUAGCUGGGCACCUAAACAUCUUGAUAUAGCGCAGUCCCGUGUCCGCAAAGUGAUGGAAAAACACCGAAACGCAGCCUUCUGGAGCGGCGCGUUUGGUUGAGAACGCCAUAGCCAUGGUGUGGGUUUCGGAUUCCAGUUAACUCUUAACCUGUAGGUAAGUACCCAUUUAUUUUAGCUUGGGUUUGUCCCUCCUGACUGAACUUGCCCGUCCCUCGGACUGUAGUGUGUUUUCACUUUUUAGGAGGAGCGCCCUUUCGAGGUUCAGGUUGGCCGACGCGAUAGCCAAUCAGCGAGACGAUAGUCAAGGUCACACGGUGGCGGCACUCACGCAUCUAGCCUGGGUACGGGACGGCAUACGCUAGCGCUCUGUUGGAAGCACAGCUCCAUUACUGAUUAACCGUCACUAGGCCACAACCUGCAAGGAAGCUGGACGGCAACCCAACUUUGAGGGAGACCGCUGAGCCUGGGGCGUGCUGCAAGAGGGGUUCGAAACAGUCUCACUUUCCCCUGGUCUGUCGGACAAGCUCUCACAUUUGCUGUCCCAUACCUGCUGGUGGCGUCGAAAGAGGCAGAAAUCUGCUGACGAAUGCUUCGUAAUUUGCCACCUAGAUGGUGUUCUGGCUGCUGUAAUUAAGAUUUGUGAAAUACACAGUUAAGUUUAGAAGAAGGCGAAGGCACGAUCACUGGGGCGGUAGAUUUAUUGGCCUUAGCUUUCGAACUUGAACUGGAGUUCAUCAUCAGAGACUGCUAGAGUGCAGCAGCGUAUCGUUGUGUCGUGGGGGGGGACUACGUCAGUGGCUAGGUCUGGUUUUAUGCUGCCUGGCCCGCAAUGGUCUCCCGGCGUGGUGACGCCGUGUGUACUACGCGGCGAUGUGAGCUGCGCCACCUGGAAAGUCCCAUUACACGUUUGGUUGGCUAUAAAAGUUAGCGUUUUCAGGUAAAUCUGCAAUAACUGUCAAACUCGUACUGCGGAAUUAAUAAGGUUGUAUAUGAGAGAUUACUGCAGCCUACUGUUCGUUCCCUCUUAGACAAUCCGAGGAGCAACCGACCGGAACGGAGGACGGCGCUAGUGGCACGAGAACUGGCCCGCUACAAGGUGGACAUCGCCGCACUCAGCGAGACCCGAUUCUCCGAACAAGGUCAACUGGAGGAGGUGGGUGGCGACUAACCUUCUUCUGGAGUGGUCGGCCCAGGGCAGAGCGACGAGACGCGGGUGUCGCCUUCGCCAACCGGAACGAUAUCGUGGGACGACUGCCCUGUUUGCCGCAGGGCAUCAACGAUCGCCUGAUGAGCCUCCGUCUGCCUCUCCGGCGGGGGGGCCAAUUCGCCACCAUCAUCAGCGCCUACGCUCCAACGAUAACCAACCCCGACGCCGUCAGAGACAAAUUCAACGAGGACCUGCACGCCCUCUUGGCGACUGUGUCGAAGGCGAACAAGUUGAUUGUCCUUGGUGACUUCAACGCCCGCGUCGGCACAGACCAUACUGCCUGGAGAGGAGUGCUGGGUCCCCACGGUCUCCGCGACUCCAAAGACAAUGGUCUGUUGCUGCUCCGCACCUGCGCAGAACACCCCCUUAUCCUGACGAACAUGUUCUUCUGUCUGCCGGAGCGAGAGAAGGCCACUUGGAGGCAUACUCGGUCGCGUCAGUGGCACCUGCUGGACUAUGUCCUCGUCCGGAGGCGAGACCAGCGGGACGUGCUCGUGAUGAAGGCGAUUGCGGGCGCUGACGGGUGGACCGACCAUCGCCUCGUCAUCUCGAAGAUGCGUAUUCGCCUACAGCCUCGCAGGAGACCACAAGGUAAGCAACCCACAGGUAAGCUGAAUAUUGCUUUGUUGUCUUUGCCCGCUCACCAUCUCCAUUUCAGCAAUGAGCUAGCUCAACGGCUAGACAACCUUCCUAUCGCUGUCGCCGCCGAUGCCGUCGCUGCCGAGAACGCCUCCGUGGAGAACCGCUGGUGUCAACUGCGAGACACGGUCCAGUCGACGGCGCUCGCCGUCCUCGGUCGCGCACGCCGCCAACACCAGGACUGGUUCGAUGACAACGACGCCGCCAUCAUAAAUAUGUUUGCCGAGAAGAACCGCCUACACACAGCCUACGUAGACCACCCCACUGACGACAACAGAGCUGACUUUUACCGCAGUCGCCGCCACCUUCAGCAACGACUGCGCGAGAUGCAGGACGCCUGAACUGCUAGCAAAGCUGAGGAGAUCCAAGGCUACGCGAACCGCAACGAGUGGAAGAACUUCUUUUCCGCGAUCAAAGCUGUCUACGGUCCGCCGACGAAGGGCACUGCUCCUCUCCUCAGCGCCGACGGUAGCUCUCUCCUGACUGAGAAGGCACAAAUUCUACAGAGAUGGGCCGGGCAUUUCCGAGGCGUCCUCAACCGCCCCUCCGUCAUCUCCAACGCCGCCAUCACCCGUCUGCCGCAAGUGGAGACCAACGUGGACCUCGACCUCCCGCCAUCUCUCCAGGAAACCAUCAGGGCCGUGCAGCAACUCUCCAGCGGGGAAAUACCCGGAUCGGACGCAAUCCCUGCUGAGGUCUAUAAGCACGGAGGUCCCCAACUGAUUGAUCACCUGACUGCGCUCUUCCAGGAGAUGCGGCGUCAAGGUGAAGUCCCACAAGAUUUCAAAGACGCAACCAUCGUGCACCUAUACAAGCGAAAAGGAAACCGCCAAGUCUGCGACAAUUACCGCGGCAUCUCCUUGCUGAAAAUCGUCGGGAAGAUCUUCGCUCGCAUCCUGCUCAAUCGUCUGAAUAAUCAUCUGGAACAGGGCCUUCUGCCGGAAAGCCAAUGCGGCUUCCGUCGUCAUCGUGUGACCAUGGAUAUGAUCUUCGCCGCCCGCCAACUUCAGGAGAAGUGCCAGGAGAUGCGGACCCACCUGUACUCUACCUUCGUGGACCUGACGAAAGCCUUCGACACAGUGAAUCGUGAAGGACUGUGGAAGAUCAUGCAGAAAUUCGGCUGUCCGGAGCGAUUCACUCAGAUGGUGCGUCAGCUGCACGACGGUAUGGUGGCGCGAGUCACGGACAACGGAGCGGUCUCGGAGGCAUUCGCAGUGACCAACGGAGUGAAGCAGGGAUGCGUGCUGGCGCCUACCCUCUUCAGUCUUAUGUUUUCUGCCAUGCUGAUGGACGCCUACCGUGAUGAACGCCCCGGGAUCCGCAUCGCCUAUUGGACAGACGGUCACCUUCUGAAUCAACGGCGGAUGCACUUCCAAUCGCGCGUAUUCACAACCACCGUUCACGAACUCCUCUUCGCCGACGACUGCGCCCUGAACACCACCUCGGAAGAGCAGAUGCAACGGAGCAUGGACCUGUUCUCCGCCGCCUGCGAGAACUUCGGUCUGGUCAUUAACACGCAAAAGACAGUGGUCAUGCAUCAACCGCCACCCAACUCAGCCACAGCCCCCAACGCGCCGCUGCAAAUCAGCGUGAACGGAACCCAACUGCAAGUGGUGGAGAACUUCCCGUACCUGGGCAGCACCCUCUCCCUUAACGCCAAAAUCGAUGACGAAGUCGCUCGCAGGAUCUCGAAAGCCAGUCAAGCCUUCGGCCGCCUCCAAAGCACAGUCUGGAAUCGUCACGGUCUCCAACUCAGCACGAAGCUGAAGAUGUACAAGGCCGUCAUCCUGCCGACGCUGCUGUACUGA